CCGGGGAACUGCAAGACAAGUCCACCAACCGCUACUCUGUGUUUGUAUGGAAACAUGCCACACAUUUUUCAGCAUUUGUAUGAAUGAGUUUGGAUCAGUAAGGAUCAAUAGGAUAAUCGGCACAUGAUGGUGUGCGCUGAGCUGGGUUAAAACCAUGGGAGGAGACCUGGCCCUAAGGAACGGCCCUCGCUAGGAACCCUUCCUCCUCUUCGUCCUCCUCCUUCGUCCUCCUCGUCCUCUGCUGCCCAGACGUCUGCGCAGCCCCCCCCUGUCCCGAGUCCCCGCCCGGCUGCCAUGGCCAAUCACCUGGAGCUACUGAACGAGCUGCAGCAGCUGGACAAGGUGCCCAGCCUGGAGCGCCUGCGGGCGGCCCAGAAGCGGCGGGGGCAGCAGCUGAAGCGCUGGGCCGCCUACGAGAAGGAGAUGCAGAGCAAGAAGCGCAAGGCCGACAAGCAGCGCCGCGGCGGGGGCGGCCUCCACGCCCUGCACGCCGAGAGCCGCAAGCGCGUCUCCUUCUCGGCCAGCGUGGCCCUGCUGGAGGCCUCGGCCCGGAACGAUCCGGACGAAGUGCGAUACCUACUGAAGAACAACGUCAGCCCAGACCUCUGCAAUGAAGAUGGCCUCACCGCUCUACACCAGUGCUGCAUAGAUAACUAUGAGGAGAUGGUGAAGAUCUUGCUGGACCGCGGGGCUAACGUCAACGCCCAGGACAAUGAGCUGUGGACGCCGCUACACGCUGCUGCCACCUGUGGCCACGCCGGCCUGGUCAAGAUCCUCAUCCAACAUGGAGCGGACCUGUUAGCCGUCAACUCCGACGGCAACAUGCCCUAUGACCUGUGCGAGGACGACCCCACCCUAGACAUCAUCGAGACCGCUAUGGCCAACCGAGGCAUCACCCAGGAGAUGAUCAACGAGACGCGGGCGUCCGUGGAGAGGAGGAUGCUGGGAGACAUCCAGAGUCUUCUGCGAGGGGGCGAGGACAUGAACCAGCACGACUCCCAGGGAGCGACACUGCUCCACAUCGCGGCGGCCAACGGCUACGUCCAGGCAGCAGAGCAGCUUCUGGAGGGCGGUGCGCGGACAGACCAGCGGGACUCUGACGGUUGGCAGCCGCUUCACGCCGCUGCCUGCUGGGGACAGAUGCAGGUGGCAGAGCUGCUCGUCUCUCACGGUGCCAGCCUCAAUGCCAGGACCUACCUAGAUGAAACGCCCAUAGACUUGUGUGAGGACGAGGAGUUCAGGGCCGUCCUGCUGGAUCUGAAGCACAAGCACGACAUCAUCAUGAAGUCCCAACUGAAGCACAAAACCUCCCUGUGCAGGCGGACGUCUAGUGCAGGCAGCCGUGGGAAAGUGGUGAGGAGGGCCAGUCUGUCCGACAGGCAUAACCUGUGCCGCAAGGAGUAUGAGACGGAGGCCAUCGUGUGGAGGGGAGGGCGGGAGGAGGAGGAUCGAGAGAAGGAGUCUGAUCAGGAAAACAGCCAUUCAGCCAAGGGCCGGCCACAGAGGGUCACGAAGGACGGGGGCAAGCAGAACGGCUGCAUCUCCACCACCACCUCCACGCCGGCCCACCCUCCGUCCAACGGCGAGCCUCCGACCAGCCCGGACCCGCCCCGGCCGGCCUCCGCGUCUCUGCCGCCGCCGCCGCCGUCCUCCACCUCGCCCGCCGAGGAGCCCUGGCCCUCGCGGGAGCGCGCCCAGACGCUGUCCGAGCUCAAGAAGCAGCGGGCGGCCGCCAAGCUCCUCAACCACCCGCUGCUCAACGGCCAUCUCGGCAACGGCUCGGCCGGUUCGCUAGACAGCUCGCUCUGUGGCGGCGGCGGGAGUGGCGGCAACAGCGGCAACGGCGGCAGCCCCAAGGACUCCCGCAUGCCCCUGGUGUCGUCCAACGGCAGCGCCGUCUACUUCACGCCGGCCAGCGGCGACCCGCCCCUCCUCAAGCUCAAGCAGCCCGUCGAGGAGGAGCAGAUCAAAGGCAACAGCUGCUGCUGCAUCUCGUAAGGUGUGUGUGAGAGAGAAAGUGUGUGUGUGUGUGGGGGUGUCGGUCACACUACAAGUGGAGAGGAACGGAGCAGCAGCAGCAGCAGCGCACUGUGCAGGGCGUCGGUCAGACAGAGCCGGACGCCAGAGAGGAGGACAGCCAUGCGGGAGCUGGAGAUGGAACCGAGUGCUUUAUCCCCCCCACCCCCCCCCCCCACCCUUGUCCUCUAGUUCCACCAUCCUGUGGGCUCACGGUGUUGGAAGGCCUCCCUCCUCCUCAGAACAUGGGGAAGCCUUCUGGAGUAUGGAGAAGACCAAAAUGUAAGAAAGAAGGAAGGAAGGAAGGAAAGAGAGAAAGAAAGAAAUGAAGAAAGGGUUGGGGAAGAGGAGAUCCUGAACUGAACUGAGACACUCUGACGCUCGCUGGCCUCGCGGCCAGAGACGGUCAAAGGUGGAGCCUCACCCAACCCUUCCCUGGAACAAGUCGCGUCACGUGAAGGAGACUUUUGCACACCCUACCAAAAGGGAAGGUCUUCUCCUUUUGUGGUCAAUCCCUGUGCAUAUCGUUAUUGUGUUUGCCAAUUUUCAAACCAUAUUUGAUAUGGUUGUUUAUCCAGUAGCAUAUUCUACGUAUCACAAGACAGUUGUAUGAGGGAUGUUAUUCCACAAAGCAAGAUUUCUGAAUGGACAGGACAGUGGUCAUUGGGGUUGAGUUCCUUCUUAAAUGGGUCUUACUCCGUGUAGGUAUUUUCUACGUGUCCUGCUUUGUGGAACAACUUCAGUUAACAACUUCAGUUUGUAUAGGUCAAACAACUCAGUCCGACCAGGAGACCCUGACUGCAGAUAUUGCCCUCACUGAAAGUGCUUUUGUCUUUCCAGGAACAAAAGGGACGUAACCAUACAACCACUGUUUCUGCCAUGUGUGCUCUUGUCAAAGAAAAAAGGUAUACACACAAACUAGCCAGUGUUUGUCAACAUCAGUGUUUUCUUGUUUUCUUCUACAUGUCAUUUCAAAGCCAGUGAAGUGGUUUCAAACUGAUGGCAUGUUGAAUCAUGCAUUGGUAGACCAAGCAACAAAGCCCAUCUGAUAUGACUGAUAUGAAUUCCGCUGUUGCCACAAUUUAAUUUAUGCAGGAGAUGUCUUACGAAGCAUUUUUUGUACAGUCAGAUGAUGUUAUUUAUAUUUAAAUGUUGUGUAUAGAGGCUACUGUACUAUAGAAAAAUCCCAUUUGGUAUAUUUAUUGUCUUGUUCUGUCUGUGGAGAAUUCUAAUUUUUGUAAGCGUAUGAAUGCAAUAGAAGAAUGGAAAAUGAGCUUGUCCUAUAUUUCAGCAUAUUUCAAGGCCUCCCUGAAGGAACUGUUACCGCUUUUGGCUAUUGUAAUUUGAGAGAGAAAAAAGGUUGAUUUUGUAGUCCACAGUCCGGAAGGUCCAGACAGAGAGAAAGCUAGAGAGCUGUAUUGAGGUUGUUUACAGGAUUGUCAGGACCAUGCACUUUAUAUACACUGGCUCUCUGAUCUGUGACUUAAUAGGAAUCGGCUGUGUGUGUGUGUGUGUGUGUGUGUGUGUGUGUGUGUUCAUGCAUAUCUGUUUAGAGCUUAUCUGCUGUGCCAGAGUGACUGAGGCAAGCAGAUCUGCCAAGUGGAGCAACUGUAGUUUCCACCAUUUAGGAAAUUUGAACUCAAUGAGACUCUUUUUUUUAACAUUCAACCAAAACGACUUCCCUAUUGUCAUGUUUUCAGUGGUCUCAUGAAGUAUGUAUGAAAGCAAAACUCACCUGACCUCUAUAUCACAAAAUGAUUUGUCUGGGUAUGCCUACUGAGGAAAAUGUCACCCUUUACCAUGUACAGAGGUAGCCAAGUAGCAAACAGCAAUACUGUGUCAGUGUUUUUCCCCCCCUCACACUGUGUGGAGGAGGUGUGGGUUUCUCGCUUUUAGUAAUGACUGACUAGUGACUACCCACUGUUUCACUCCCUUACUCUCCUCUUUGGGUGCCAAAGAGUCUUCCUGAGGAAUGGCGACGGAGGUCGGGAUGGGGAUGGGGGACAGUUGGGGGAUAGGGGGUGAGUUUGUUGUCCACUCAGAGACUCCCAGUGUUAAAAAGUGUUUUGUCCCACUGACACCUCUGCCCGCUUCAUCCCAUCACCACCCCCAACCCCUCCUACCCACCCACCUCCACCUCUACUGAAGCCCAUGUGUAUAGUGUCAAAAUAAUGUAAAAGUUGUGUAAAUAUAUUUGUGUCCGUUUCCAUUCGUAUUUCUGCUCUGAUUCAUGGGUAGAUGAAAAUGACAUGCAACAGUUGUGUCAGUGUUAUUGUACGGGUGGAAAGAAAACGUUCCUCUAUUGUCUGGGAAAACCUACUGUCUGAUUUGUGACACAGUGACCUCGAGUAUGGUUACUGGGAUGUGGGUAUGUACCGCCCUGAGUGAAGAGUGUGUCAAGAGGUUGCUGCGUGUGUCAAUAUGUAGGCAACAAAAUGAAUGAAGACAGGCUUUAAAAUGGUGGUCACGUUAUUCCCCAAUGACUCUGGAACUUUGAAACUGAUGUCCAUCCAACCUCAACUUUCCUGUCCAUACUGUAGCAGAAGAAUAUUUAUUGUAGUCUAAAUAUUGUUCAGACCAGUGAAUUCCACAAGACAUAGGACUCGAAAACAAAAACAGACAAACUGGCGGCGGGGUGUGUCGGGUGUGUGACACACAAAAGCAUUUGUGAAGUGUGUGAGACACAAAAGGAUUUCUUCCACUUUAAAGUCACCAAGACAACUUUUCACUGUCUUAAAGAGAACGGUCGUGUGUGUGCGUGUGUGUGUGAACAAUGAAAGAGAAGGAAAACCCAAACUAAUGUUUGUCUCCGAUCAUGGAUCAGAGGUCACUGUUAAGGGAAAAAUACUAUUAAAACUACUGAUUUUGUAAUUACUGGAAAAUACUGAUCGUUGUAUUAACAUAUUUUGAAUAAAUUGUAUAUUUUCCUCAA